UCGCGGGGGCCCCUUGACCGUCCGUCGCCACCACCCUUGCCCCGUGAGCAGCAGCGCGAGUUCGAAGAGCUCAUGCGCGCUGCUCAGACCCCUUUGGCUCAGCCUACAAGAGGUGACACCGCGGUGAACGUAGAAGCUGACCUUUCUUUGCACCCGGACGCCCGCCGACCGAUCCAGUCCGACUUCGAUGGUGACGUUAACCCAGCAACAGGGGAACAGGGUGGACCAAAGCAGGAGCCUGCGCGCAAAUGGGGGGAUGAGGGGGACUGGAGUUUCAAGGGACGGGUGUCAGACUUCUAG